AGCUGUCAAUUACUCAAUUGUCAAUUGUCAUCAGCCAUUGUUUGUUUGUGCUUUUUAGCGUCGAAAAGAUUCGUAAAUUUAUCUUUUUUCAUCUGGAGAUAUCCAGAUAUAAGUGUAUGUUUAGUUUAGAUUUGUGAAGCGAAAACGUUCAACAUGUCUAUUGGAGUGCCUAUUAAAGUAUUACAUGAAGCUGAGGGCCAUGUAGUAACUUGUGAAACAAAUACCGGCGAAGUCUACCGCGGGAAACUAAUUGAAGCCGAAGAUAACAUGAAUUGCCAAAUGACCAUGGUCACAGUAACGUAUAGAGACGGUCGAAUUGGUCAACUUGAGAAUGUUUAUAUUAGAGGUUCGAAGAUACGUUUUCUGAUUCUCCCUGAUAUGUUGAAAAAUGCUCCAAUGUUUAAACGACAAGGAAAUAAACCGACUGCUGGUCGGGGUAAAAGCGCUAUAUUACGAGCACAGGCGGCGGGUCGGGGUCGGGCGGGCGGGCGCGGCGGGGGGCACCGCGGCGGCUGGCAGGGCGGCUCGGGGCCCUCGAGACGCUAGCCACAUAUUAAUAUACUGGAUAUCGAGCAUUGAGUGUUGCUUGUAAUGCUGUUGUUGUAAUAGUUUAAGGAGUAGUGUAACUGAAUUGAAAUUCAUAUUGUUGUGUUGUGUCAAGCAAAAGGAAUUAGUAAAAAUGUACUAUGCAAUCCUAUUUAAACUCAAACUCAAACAUUUAUUUAUUCAAUUAGACUUCUAGAAGCACUUUUGAAACAUCAUUACAUAUUUUUAACAUUUACCACCGAUUCGGAAAGCAGUAUCUACGGAGAAGAACCGGCAAGAAACUCCAUAGUUGCUCUUUUAAAUCAUGUCAGUUGUACAAUUUAAUUUUACAAAAUAACUAUUAUACUCAUAUAAAUUAAAAUUAGAAUGGGAUCGACUUAGUGCUAUAGUAUGAUGAGGCGUCAGGGUCAGAGGCGGCUCGCCCUAAGGAACGCUGGUGCAGUGAACUCUCAUAAAUAAUUAUAAUAAAAUCAUAAUCCUUAAUUUCAUUAUUAAUAUUAAUUAUUACUAUUUAAAAAUUAAUCGUAAUCGCAAAAAACUACUGGCAAUACCAAUGAAUAUAUCCAUCAUUCCAUCAUCCUAUACACCUGUAGUUAUAAUACUGUAUUAUAUAACGCGCGUAGCGGAGCGCUCACGAUUGCGCUCCAAUGAAAAAAUAUUUAGUACAUUUCCUUAUA